AUGUCGCAGGAUUCUCGACGUGCAGGUUCAUUGUCCAGAGAUGUGACUCAAGCAGAUGACCGGUCGAGUGACAAUGACCGUGCCUUUACAAGCAACCGAAAUCCUGCCCGCCGGCCACCUCAACGACCUCGACCCCAGUCAUGGCAUCCAUAUGGACCUGUGGAGCCACCACUGGAAUCCAUGUCAUCCCGAUCCAUUGGGGUUCAUGCCAUCUUGAAUCACCCACAGGCAACGGCUGACCUGAAUGCACUCAGUCGUGAGCCACUGAGCCUACCGGGUCCAUCUUCCUCACCUCGUCCCCAAGGGACUUCGCCUCCAAUCCGCUCAGGAUAUCCAUCGACGUCGCAGCCAUUAUCUCCUAGGUCUCAUUCACGGCCUGUGAUGAAUCCAGCAUCGCCUUCGGCCCGGUUUGUUGGCGGGAGCGGCAGGGCUUCGGGUCAGUCAAGUGUCGCGCAGUCGCCGCUAGUUCCCCACGAACCGUUGAUGGGCCCACGUCUUCCCGUCACGAGCUCGCCUCUGCCCAUAGAGGCGGGUCCACGCCCAAUAGCACCUCUCGCUGUCACUCAGCCUCCUGCGCUGACUUCGCUGCAUUCUACAACCAGUCUGCACUCUCGGCGAACUAGUGCCGGCCCAGGGCCUUUCACCAACCCAAACUCCCAAGAAACAAGCCCUAGCACGCCUCAUUCAACGUUCAGUCCCUUUCACCAUACAUCCCCAGCAGUGACCAGUGUAUCACUCGCACAAAGCAACGCAUCAUAUCCCACUGCACCUCCAUAUAUGACAAUGGACCCUCUGACCCGACCCACCCCCGCAACAAAAGGCCCCAGACGCCAACCCGAAGCCCCCACACGAGCCGGAACCCCACAGGGUAGCCCCCUCCCAGUGGGAAUGAUACCAUGCGUACUAGACAUGCGAUCCGGCUCCUCCAGCCAAGCCGAAAAGCGCAAAGCGAACAGCGACGCCUCACGACGGUUCCGCAAUCGCAAGCGCAACGAAAUGCAACUCGAGCAGCGGCUCAGCGCACAGCAGGACGAGAUCCAGCGCAACGUAGAAACCGUCCGUCGUCAGAGCGAUGAGCUCCGUUCCCUCGUCCAGCAACGAGACCACUACCGUUCCGAGCGAGACUUCUACCGCGACCACCUCGGCCGCACAAUGUCCCUGAGCGCCUUACCCCCAAGACCCUCUUCUCCACGCUCCGCCCAACCCACCCUCCUGCCUGCCUCAGAACCGGGCACCACGACGUCUUGGUCGGGCGCCGAUGCUGCCCGAUCAGUUUCAGACACACAGCCCACUUCGGCGGGCCCCGCUCCCCAGGGAAGAAUGAUGGACUCAGUCCAGUCCCAACCUGCUUGGCCUGCAAGUCCGCCGUAUUCUUCAACGCCCAUUGCACCCGCCGGACGGCCGGUUGCUGGUCCGCCUUCUGGGUCGCCGUCGGUAGCUGGGGGCGCGAAUUCAGGAGUCGGCUACGCAACCGCCCAAAUCCUCGCCGCACACCCAAACCACCAUGUAAUCUUAGCCUGCCGUGACUUACGGAAGGGCCAACAAGCCCUCUCGGAACUCCAAAGCAAAGACCCCAAAGGAACCCUAUCCCUCCUCCAGCUAGACGUGUCAGACGACACCUCCAUAGCGCAAGCAGUGAACACCGUAUCCGAACAAUUCAAUCGCCUCGACAUCCUACUCAACAACGCCGGCUCGGCCGCACCCAACAGCAGCGGCCGCGCCCGACUGAACGAGAUCUUCUCGACGAACGUGAUUGGCGCAACACUCGUCUCCGAGGCGUUCAUCCCCCUCCUCCUCAAAUCAGAAAAGCCCUAUCUGAUCCACGUCUCCAGUGGUCUGGGCUCGAUGAAACUGGCAACCGAUCCCAGCAGCGAAAUCUACGCUGCGCCUUGGGAUGAGUAUCGCGCGAGCAAGGCGGCGUUGAAUAUGAUUACCGUUCAGAUGCAUAAGAGACUGCAGAGUCGUGGGAUGCGGGUUUUUGCGUUCUGUCCCGGUCUUGUGAGGUCGAAUUUGAGGGGUGAGGAUGAGACUGCUGUUAGUGCGCAUGGGAGAGCUGGGGAUCCAUUGGAGGCUGGGAGAGGGAUUUUGGGGAUUAUACUUGGCGAGAGGGAUGGGGAUGCUGGUGGGUUUGUUAAUAAGGAUGGUCCGUUACCUUGGUAG